AUGAAAAAAAUAGAUGAUAAAAUUUUUCAUGAAAUAAAUAAUGAAGAGGAAUAUAAAAAAUUAUUUGAUGAAAAAAAUGAUAUUCUUUAUAUAAUAGACAUUUAUACAGAGUGGUGCGGACCCUGUAUUUUCACUUUUGAAAUAAUAAAUAAGAUUUAUAAAAGUAAUUUAAUUUUCUCAGAAAGUGUAAAAAUACUUGCUAUGUGUGCAGAUAAAAUUGCGUCAUUAAAAAAUUAUGAUAAUAAUUCCAAACCUUUUUAUAUAAUAAUAAAAAAUGGAGAAAUUAUUCAGCAAAUUCAAGGAUGUAAUACACCACGUAUUUUCUCUCUUAUUGAUGAUCAUUUAAUAAAUAAAAAGUUGAAUUAA